AUAAUCUGAAAGUGUGGACCUGUCUCCAACUGAAGUUCUUCUGGGAGUCAGAGCUACUUCAAGGGACAAUUGAUCAGAGGAAUGUGUUCCCAUCGCCUUAUGUUUUGUUAGCCAGGGGUUUGUGAAAGACUUGUGACUAAACGGAAGAAGCUCAGAGGAUUGACACCCUUAGGACAUUCCAAGAUCUGUUUAUUCUUCAACAAUGUGGUUUUGAGAAAAGUCAGCUUUACUGUAACAAAGGAUCAUCCCUGUGACAUUAUUUGGAAGUCAUCAUUGGAGUUCUUGUCAUGUCUAAUUGGCUUGUAACGUAUCAAAUGUGAAAUGUUCAGUCUCUGACCACUGUUGUUGAAAAGAAGUUAAAUAGUCAUUGUCCUAGCUGCAUUAGAUUGGAGUGUUCACUGCUAGUAACUUUUGUUAUUGCAUUUGGAUUCUUCAGUCUUCACAGGAGGCUAAGACAGGCUGAAGCAAGUGACCUUCAGUGAUGACCUCACAAGGGGAUGACUGUUAUUUCUAUUACUACUCAACAUGUGCAAAGGGAGAGGAAUGUCCUUUCCGACAUCAACCAGCAGCACUAGGAUGCGAAGUAAUUUGUGAAGAAUGGGAAAAAAAUGGAAGAUGUUUGAGACCAGUUUGUCGUUUCAGGCAUAUGUUGAUUGAGGAGCGCAGGUCUCGCACUCAAUGUUACUGGGAGUCGCAACCAAGUGGUUGCUUGAAGCCAUUCUGUCCAUUUCUUCACACCAAGCCAAGACCCAAUGAGCAGUCAAACACAAGCACUUCAGUUCCUACUGUUUCAACGCCUGCUCAACCCCUCCCAGGUCCACCUAUACCUGCACCUCCUUCCUCAGCUGGUCCACAAAAUGUCAGGUCAAUUCCCACCAUAUCAAGUACUCCAAGACCGAGACAACCUCUACACCAAAAUGUUUCCAUAGGAAGACAACCGGUGACACCCAUCUCAUACCCAACAGCACCCAACAGGCUUGUAGUGGCACCACAACCCCCUCAGAUGAUAAGGACACCUCAGUAUACCGGACCUCCACGCCCAGCAGGGAUAGUUCAGCCUGUUCCUGUGGACAGAGGGUUUCCACCUGUACUUCCACAUGUUCCAGUGCGAUUUGGGAGAGGCAUGCCAGCUCCACAGAGAUAUCCUCAUCUUGUGAACAUGUACAUGGGAAGACCAGAAGGCUCAGCAACAUCAUUCUUGCCAAAAGGGGGUUUUCAAGAGGAUAGAUAUGACCGUCAAGAUUCAGACUCCUACUCCAGUAGUGGAAGUGAUGAUGAAAGGAGAAAAUCCCACCAGACAUCCCGCCGGAAAGUACGUAACAGUUCACAAAGAGAAGUGUUCUCCAGUGACAGGCGAGAUACCCGCAAUAACCGGAAACCAGGUCAUGAGAGGUACAGGACUGGAGAUCGCAGAAGAACAGAUGGAUCAAAAGACAAAAAUAAAGAUUCUACAGAUACGGAACGGGAGAGGUCCAGGGACAGGAGGAGACCAUCACGAAGAUCUGAUAAAGAAUCGGAGGAAAAGGAGAGAAAGGACAGUAUAGAAAGACAAAAGAGAAAGAAGAGCCCAUCGCAGGAUGAAAAAAAUGAAGAAAAAGAAGAGAAGGAGGACAUGGCAAAGGAUGAGAACAGUCCAGGCAUCAAGGUAAAAACCUUGGAGGAGAUACUUCGCGAGAAAGCACUAAAGAAACUUGAAGAGAGAAGAGCACAGGCAAAAAGUGAAGAGCAAAAAGAAGCUGAAGAUGGUAAAGAAGAUGAAGAAAGUAUGGGCAAAGGUGAAGGUGCCAACAACGAAGAAGAAGAAGAAGAGUGUUCUGUUAUAGAGUCUGAAAGCAAUACUAAACAUUUAUUAGAUGAGAAGGAUUAUGACAGUGUUGAAUCAUCAUCUGAGAAACCUUCUGUUGCGAGAAAGGUAUCUUUAAAUGACAGAAAGAGAUCCCCUGUCAAAAAACUUAUCGGUUUGAAAAAUAAUUAUAUCAACAGCAAAAGAAGUAGUAAUGCAGAUUCAUCCUCUGAAGAGGUAACUCUGACCAAAAGAGUUUCUGCAAAUUCUGAAGAGAACGAAAAUGUGAACGAGAAAGUAACCACAAAUGAACCUCCAUCGCCCUUUCACCAAGUGAGAGUGAAAUCGUUUGAGGAAAUAAUGCAAGAAAAACGGAAAAGGAAAGCUGAACAAGAAGGCCCUGGAGAUUCUGUGCAAGAUUUGAGUGGAGAAUCGAGCGGACAGGUAAACAGCAGCACUGCAACUGCAACGUCGAUUCCACCCAAGAGAUUAAAAAGAUUGGUUCGGAAAUCUUCUGACGAUAGCGACAAAGAUACCAAGGUUGUGUCAUCGUCUGCUGCAGAGACUGAUAGCAAAGUCGAAAUUAGAAAGAAAAGAACAGUGUAUGUCAUGGACAAGCCAAGUUCAAGUAAAGACAGCAAAGAAAAUGAUGUUACAUCCACUGCCUCUAAUGGAGAGAAUAAGCCACAGAAGGCUAGUGUGAAAAAGCCUGCAGUGGCCGAACGUCUUGGACAACAGAAGGUCAGAGUGAAAAGCCUUGAUGAAAUAAUGGCUGAGAAAAGGCAGCGUGCAUCUCAGGAAAGUGUUGAAGCUCCAAAGGACAGAGAAGUCGCGAAAGAAGAAGAGAGAGGACUAAAGAACUCUCCGCAGAGGAACCAACAGAGGAAGCCUUUAAACAGAGUUUCAGUUUCUGUCAUAAAACCAAGAAGAAUCAGGGUCUGGGCUCAGGGAACGAGUAAACUUAAACCCACAGAAGAUUCUGUCAGCAGCAGUACAGUUGAUGAAACCCAGAAAGAUCACGAAUCACGGGAACAAGCUCUACAAAGUGACAUGGAAUCAUCAAAGCUACCUGCAUUUCAGUCGGAGCCUGCCUUAGCUGAAUCACAGCUAAGACCAGCGGAUGCAUCAGUGGAGGAUGAAACACCUGCUCCUGAUCAGAGAAUUCCUAAUAAAGAAAAUUGCGCCAAAACUACUGCUUCUGAUGGGGAAGCGGGUACUGCACCUAACGAAUUCGGUCAUUGUACAAUCACGGUAGAAGCGGAUGAAUCUGGUCCAAAGACAACCAAAAUAGCUCCGGAACCCGAAGAGGCACAUGACAGUCCAGAGAAACCUCAACAUUCACCCCCAGAACAACAUGAUAUGGAAGAUACAGAGUCAUCCUUGGAAUACCAGCCGGGUGAACUAAAGGCUUCAAAGGAACCGCCAUCUCUUGAGGAGAUAAAGCGGGCAAUAGCAAACGAAAUGGCCAAGGACGACUUUUUCGGCGAGUUCGGCGCGGAUAUCGAUUUCGGAGAACACGAUGAUGUGGCGGGGGAUAGCCUUGAGUUGAACGAAGACGACUUACUUAUGGAACUGGAUGAAAUGAUAAAUCAGUAGACCUAAAGAAUCCAUUUUAAGGAAGCUAAAACACGAUAAGAAUUACGGAGAAAUGGGGCACAGGACUGGAAAAAAGAGCGAGUCUGUUUGGAAUCUCGAACAGUAACAAUGAGUUACCGGCACGUGUGAAAAUGAAUCGUGGAGUAAAUGAAUGCAAUGGAAAAGUUAUAAAAUAGAAAAGCAAUUGAAAUGUACGCAUAAGCAUAAGAGACCUGCAGAGAUAGAUAUAAGAGAUUUUCAUGAAGACAGCUGCCAUGCUUCGUAUUGAACUAUCGCAUUCAAAAUGCAGCAUGUUCCAGUUCUCCACAUGCGCUCAUCAAAAGUCAAGUUUUUUCGAGCAGAUCCCAAUGGUGGUUGUUUC